GUCAAAGUCGCGUGCGUGUUUGCCUUGUUUCGUUUAUUUCGAUUUCUUGGAUUUACUUGAAAACUAAUAAAAUAUGACCAGACACGUUUCAGUGAGAUUAGCUUCUGAAAGAAUUAACCAUAGUGUCUCCAGUGGCAAUGAAUUACCAGCAUUUUAUACACCGGGAGAGGUUAUAACAGGCAUACAAGAUUUUAUGCGUGGCCAUGGAACCUACGCGGAAGAUGAUUACCUAAAAGCUUCAGUAGCUGGCGUUGUACAGAAAGUAAACAAGUUGAUUUGCGUCCGACCUUUGAAAAGUCGGUAUGUGGGGGAGAUUGGCGAUGUUAUCGUCGGGCGCAUAUUGGAGGUGCAGCAAAAGCGGUGGAAAGUGGAGACCAACUCACGGCUAGACUCUGUCCUACAGCUUUCAUCUGUUAAUCUUCCUGGGGGAGAAUUGCGUCGCAGAUCAGCAGAAGAUGAACAGAUGAUGAGGAAACACUUGCAAGAAGGUGACUUGAUCAGUGCAGAAGUUCAGAGUAUCUUCAAUGAUGGAUCACUGUCACUACAUACUAGAAGUUUGAAGUAUGGAAAGUUACCUCAAGGUACCUUAAUGAAGGUAUUCCCAUCUUUAAUCAAACGUAGGAAGAAUCACUUCCACCAGUUACCUUGUGGGAUAUCAAUCAUAAUUGGUAAUAAUGGAUACAUUUGGAUCAGCUCACACAAACAAGAUGUUGUUGUUGAGGAAAACAAGGAUGAAAUUGAAAAUGUUGACUUACAGCCCGUUAAUAGAUCAGACAGAGAGAUAAUGGCUAGAGUGAAAAAUUGUAUUGCAGCACUAGUAGCAUCUAAGAUGAUGUUAGAUGACACCAGCAUCAAUUUCGCCUACGAGGAGAGCUUGAAAUACGACCAAGUGAAGGAUCUGUUAGACCCUGAAGCUAUGCUUGAUGUGGCACUCCAAACACAAGACAGAAUAAACAAUAUUUUGCUGGAGUAAA